AUGAUCAAGAAAUACUUCCGCACACCUGAGCUCGAAGCGAAGACCGAUAGCGAGCUCAUCUCCUUCUACAGCAGCUCGCGCAUCGACAAGCUCGUCAACAUACUCAUCACCUUUGUCAUCUUCAUCCUGCUCGUCAUCCCGGUAGUGACCUUGUAUCAUCUAACCAACACAUCCGCGAUUUCGAACCUUGCGGACUUGAAGAGUGGCAAUGCGACGAUCCCGGCGUCGGCGGUCGAUGACUACAACCGCGAUACGUUCAAUGCUGUGGGUGUUUUGAUUUGCGGCGAUGAGCCUGCUGACGAAGGCGGCGAGGCAUGA